AUGUCCAACCAAACCAUCUCCGACCAAGACACGCCCGACCCGUGGAUGAUCUCGCACGGGCCCAACUUCUACCUGACAUUCACAGCCGGCGACCGCAUCGAGAUCUGGCGGUCCCCCAACAUGGAAGACUUCCGCUCGUGCGCGCGGACCAUCGCCUGGCGCCCCGGGCCGGCAGACCACCCGUGGUUCGUCGACCUGUGGGCGCCGGAACUGCACUUCCUCAACUCGACGUGGUACGUGUACUUCACGGGCGCGAAACCGCGCGACGGACCGGGCAUGUACAAUGCGGACCGGAGGACGCUUCUCCUUCGGAGCAGGUCGCGCGACCCGAUGGAGGCCGGGGCGUGGGAAUUCCUCGGCCGGCUGGGCGGGCUGCCUGACCACUGGAACAUCGACGCCACGGUGUUCCACCUCCCCCAAACGGGAAGGCUGUAUUGCUGCUACUCGGGCUGGCCGGCGGGCGACUUCUCGGACCGACAGCAGGACUUGUUUCUCGCGGAGAUGGACGGACCCGAGGCCGCGAAGCCGGACACGGUGGUGUGCAUUUCGCGGGCGGAGCUCGCGUGGGAACGGGCCGACCAGGGCACGCACGGCGUCAAUGAGGGGCCCGCGUUUGUGAGCGUGGGCAUGAGCGCCUCGCCUUCAGGGUCAGCGAGAGCAUCGGCGGAAGGGUCAGGAGAAGAAACCUUGUUCCAAGGCAUAGUCUACAGCGCCAACGGCAGCUGGACGAGCGACUACCGGCUGGGUAUCCUACAACUGGUAGACGGGGCCGAUCCCUUGAAGCAGAGCUCCUGGAGGAAACGAUCCACACCGUUGCUCGUCAGUGACAGGCAUUACGGCGGGCCCUUCGGUCCGGGCCACGCCAGCUUCGUCGCUUCUCCCCACGGCGACGGGCGGCGCGUGUAUUGCAUAUACCAUGCCACCGAGCAUUUCGACCAAGGCUGGGCCAAUCGCAAGGCUAGGGUGUUGUGUUUCAGCGGAGAGCAUUUCCAUCCACAGGCCCCGACCAUGUGUUGUGCUUUGGCUCUGUCUGGGCGGUGGAGCGGCGGGGCGGCCAUCUCGAAUGUAUCGUCGCCAUCGUCAGCGUCAGCGUCAGCACUGCCGGCACUUCCUGCGAAUGGGGCGCACCAGGACCAGCAAAUUCAGCGUGCUCACGGACCGAGGAAGAGUCUCGUCGACAGGAUUGGCGACAAGAUACUGCAGAAGUUGAGAGAGUUUGCUUGA